CCGCGGUCGGCUGAUCACAGUGGGUCCCACAACUUCCUCACUUCCCUAAAUGGGCAACUGCACUUUCAGAACGCCAGGUCCUUCCCUGGCAGACCUAACUGGCACAUCCUGCGUUGGCCUGGGCCCCUAACCCUGGAUUCGAGGUGUCCUGGCCCCCGGCUGGCCUGCGACUGUCCCCAGCUGGAUGGAGCCAUGGCUCCCACCUUCUUGCUGCUGCUGCCCCCGCUGCUGUGGUUCCAGGGCCCUGUUUCAGGUGUCCCUGUCGAGAACGUGUACACUAAAGUGCAGCACUUUGAAGGGGAGACUCUGUCUGUGCAAUGCUCCUAUAAGAGCCGCAAAAACCACGUGGAGGGCAAGGUAUGGUGCAAAAUCAGGAGGAAGAGAUGUGAGCCUGGAUUUGCCCGGGGCUGGGUGCAGGGGCCGCGCUACCUGCUGCAGGAUGAUGCCAAGGCCAAGGAGGUCAAGAUCACCAUGGCGGCCCUCAGGCACCAGGACUCCGGCCGGUACUGGUGCAUGCGCAAUAGCUCUGGGACCCUGUACCCCCUGAUGGGCUUCCUGCUGGAAGUGUCUCCAGCCUCCACGACCAAGAGAAGCAUUCCUCUUAGACCUCUGGCCAAUAUCCUCAAGAGUGGAAUUGUUGUCACAUCGGGCCCAGCCUCCACCUCAGGCCCUGAUGCUCCUUUCACCACCAGCAUGACAGUGCUCACACCUGGCCUCCUCACCUUGACCAGACUCGUGCCCUCCACUGCCUCAGAGUCCAUCAGACUGACCUCCAUGACGGGCUUCAGCUUCACCGGCACUGGCCCUUCCGCCGCAGGGCCCAGGAGGACCGUGGAAUCCCAGACAGUGACUGUGUCUCCCAGUGAUGCCAGAGCCUCCUCUGCUGGCCCAGCUUCCAUGUCCACCAGGGCUGGGCACCUGCACACCAGAUCACCCACCACAGGAAUGUGCCACACUAGCGGGGCUCUCCUCAACAAAUUAUCCCCUAUCAGGCACCAGGAUUCGUAUCCCACUGUUCUCCUGGGGAUGCUGAUCUUCCUCCCAGUGUCUGUGAUGUUGAUCCUGGUCUAUGGGUUCUGGAAGAAGAGACACAUGGGAAGCUACAGGGUGUGCAAUGAUCCUACUAGACCCUGGAGGGACCCACUUGGAAGACUGGAGCCUCCAUGGAAGCCUGCUUGGUCUGAGGCCACUUAAAUAUGGAGUGUGUGAGCUCCUCCUGGAGGGGCCUUUGGAGACCAGAGGAGAGUGAAGAUGGGGACCUGUCUGAACUGGAGCCAGGCUGAGAACUUGCUCAAGGCUGGACUCAGGCCUCCCCAGAACCAGAGGCUGCUCUUCACCUGCUCAGUCCCCUUGAGCUGCCAGGAACCUGGGACAGCCCCCAGAUUGGGGAGUACAAGGCAGGAAACCCCAGGGGAAGCCACUGAGGGGAUUCUGCUCAGAGCCACAGAGCCCUGGGUCCCAGCUGGGUGGUGGGGAAGUCCUGAUGGUGCUGUACACAGAGAGCUCCAGGUCCUGUGGGCCUCGGAACCCCUUGCUAUGGAGCAGAGGGGAGGGAGCGGACAGGGGGAAAGAGGUCCUCUCCCCAUCUGGAACCUGUGUCUUCAGCUUCCCUCCGCUCCCCUCAAGCUUCCCAUGGGUUUGGGGAAGAAAGAGUCCCAGAGGCAACCAGUGUGUCAAGGGCCCCGACUUGGAGGGGAAGGAACAGUGACUAAGAGCUGGAGGUCCACAGGGGUGUUGGCAGCAGGGGACCCCAGAAUGGUCCAAGUCCCCCACCCUCAAGGCCCUGCGUCCUCUGAUGGGCGUCUGGAUUUGUCCUGUCCUGACAGCAGCUGCUUGUCCCUCAAGUCCUGGGAGCCAGCAGAGCCCACCCUCCCACUGGUGCUACCCAUUGGCCAGCCCUCCCAGGUCGCCCAGACUGGCGUGUAGAGGCUGCAUUCAGGGCUUUCUCCCUCGGUUCCCAGCUCCAGGUCUGAGCUCCCACAGGAGACUGAGGGCCCUUGAGAGUCCAUAGCAGGGGAGGCCACGGCUCCGAGGACCAGCCUGUCCCCAGACUGGCGUGUAGAGGCUGCACUCAGGGCUUUCUCCCUCGGUUCCCAGCUCCAGGUCUGAGCUCCCACAGAAGACUGAGGGCCCUUGAGAGUCCACGGCAGGGGAGGCCACGGCUCCGAGAAAGAGUAGAUCAUCCACCUUCCCCUGGGACUCACUGUCCCCUGGGAAGAGAGGAGCUACUUGUGACCCAGCAAGCACAGCUUGGAGCAGAGCACAGCCUGGAGGGAUGCCUGGGUGGGGAAGGGGUGGGGAGGAUGGAGCCAAGGAGCCUCACCAGGGGUCCUAUGGCCCUAGGAGUCUGGCCUCUGCUUCACUGGCUCUUGGCUCAGACUUGGCUUCUUCUACAAUGAAGACUGGUGAAUAUGGGCUGGAUUCGUCCCCUGGAGUAGGGGCUCCACCAGCCUGGAGCAGCUGAAAUAAGCACCUAGGAAUCGAUGUGACAUCUCCACUCUGCGCCCCGGGGCAGGGACCUCCCCGGUGCGAGAGCAAAUGUCACAGUCAGGAGAGUGACACAGACCGGGCCUUGAUGGGUAGCUGGGGGGCCACUCCAGAAUGGACGUGGGGAGAGAGCAAGGGGCAGGAGGUAAUUCUGGGGGACAGCAGGGAGGAGGCACCUCUGUCCUAUGUCCAGGAGAGGGCACUAGAGGAGAGACUCAGAUCGAGGAACAGAAAAGCCUGGUGCCAGGACACACACACACACACACACACACUGAAAUCCAUCGUCCUUAGCAGGAGGGUGUGGCCACGACCUUGGUGUCUAAUGGAGGGGGGCUUAACUUCCCUGGGGGAAAAUAGCUCCCGAAGAGCCACCCUCCACUCGAGAUCCUACAACAGCAUGCUGACAGCCCUGCCUCGUCUGAGAACAGGAUGUCCUGUGGGAGAGCCGCAGAGGGCUCAGGACUGGGACUCAGUGAGGCCACCUGUCACUGUGUAACCCUGUGCGAGUCACUAACCCCAUCGGGUCUCAUUUUCCUCUCUUGUGAAAAGGGACACUAACUCCUACCUCUCAAGACUGUUUUCAGGAUAAAAUGGAGUGGCCUGAACCUCACA